GAUCGCCUCACGAUAUACGGAUGACCGUUGCUCACUCAUUUUGAUUAAGAAGCACAUGGCCUCCCACGGUAAUGGCUACGACCGAGCAGCGGCCGUCAAGGACUUCGACGACUCCAAGAUCGGAGUAAAGGGCCUCUCCGACUCCGGCAUCACUUCCAUCCCUUCUAUCUUCCUUCACCCUCCUCAAACCCUCUCCGACCUUCGCUCCUGCUCCCCCACUGACGCCGCCAUCCCGGUCAUCGACCUGUCCGACGUAUCCUCUCAAGCCCGCAGAUCACCAAAACUCGUCCAACAGAUCAGGGAAGCUGCCAAAACAUGGGGAUUCUUCCAGGUCAUCAACCACGGCGUAGACGUGUCGGUCCUCGACGAAACCAUCGCCGCCAUCAAAGCCUUUCACGACCAGCCCCAACACGUCAAGGCCAAGUACUAUAAACGCGAAGAGGGACGGGGCGUCAUGUUCGCCAGCAAUAACGACCUGUACCGAACCGACGCCGCCAGCUGGCACGACUCGCUGCAGGCGUGGAUGACGCCGGAGGCCCCGAAGGCGGAGGAUCUGCCGGAGAUAUGCGGACGAGAAAUGCUCGCGUGGGACUCGCAUGCAAAAGGGGUGGCAGAGACGGUGAUGGAGUUGCUGGGCGAGGGGUUGGGUUUGGACAGAGGAAAGUUCAAGGAGCUGACGUUUUCGGAAAGCAGGGCGAUAGUGGGCCACAUCUACCCGUACUGCCCGCAGCCGGAUCUGACGAUGGGGAUAACACCGCAUACCGAUCCGGGCAUCAUCACGGUGUUGUUGCAGAACCAGGUGGCGGGGCUUCAGGUCAAGCACGGCCAUCACUGGGUCCCCGUGAACCCUCUUCCCGGCGCUCUUAUUAUUAACGUUGGUGACAUGCUUCAGAUAAUAUCGAAUGGAGAGUACACGAGCGUGCAGCACAGGGUGUUGGCGAACGCAGAGAAGUCGUCGAGAAUUUCAAUAGUGAUGUUUUUGAAUCUGAGCAAAUGGAGAGGAUCGGAUGGUCCUGAUGGAUAUUAUGGGCCUCUGCCGGAGCUGGUGUCGCCGGAGAAACCGCCAUUAUAUAGAGAUUUCACGGCGAAAGAAUUCAUUGACAACUUCUACGGCAACGGGAUAGAUACCAAGUCCCUCCCUCAAAAACUUGAAAUUCAACAUUAAAAUUGAUGCUGCUUUGCCAUGUAUGUGCAGCUGCGCGUGUGUGAUGUGAUGUUUUAACUUUCCCCUUGGGAUACGACUGCGAGUAGAAGUUUGCACUGUUGUCAUCAUUCGAUAUGCGUGACGUACAAUGCGGCAUAAUAAUAAUAAUAAUAAUAAUAAAAUAGUGGAUGAUGUUGUGUGGCAUUCAUGGAACAAAUAUUUCCAACUCAAGCCCUAGUUUCAUCAAUGUAGAAUAAUAAUAUCUACUUUAGAAUCUGACCAAAAAAAAAAAUCUACUUUAGAAUAAUGUUUUAUAGACACACUUCAUGGAUAUAUCUUCCAUUUAAAAAUAAAUCUCGAAGGCCCUGUGCCUCCAGAAAAAUGAAGUCGUGCUUACUGUGGAGAAAUAUGCAUGUUGAUUGUUGAAUGUACUCUUCCGUUACUUAGUACAAGAAAAUGGGAGAAUCUUAUUUAUUUGUUAUUACUGUUUGGUUAAUGGUAGAGUACAGUAACAUUGUGCCAAUCCUGUGUAAUAAGAUAAGACUGUUAUUAUUGCUGUACAAGAUUCAUUAUUACUCUGUC